GGCUUAACUGACAAGAUGUCCACCUCCGCAGAUAGUGUUUUCGUUGCUCGUUCCGCUGGUAUAUCCGCCGAGGGAGUGCCUGAUCAAUAUGCCGACGGAAAGGCUGCGAAAGUUUGGGAAAUAUUUAUUGGUGAUAAAAAUUCACGAACAGAAAAUUAUAAGAACUUUUUAGUUGACUUACUUCGAUCGAAGGGUUGUAAGAGAGUCCUUGAUGUGGCAUGCGGUACAGGCGUGGAUUCGAUUAUGCUAGUUGAGGAAGGCUACGAAGUGGUUUCAGUGGACGCCUCUGACAAAAUGUUGAAAUAUGCAUUGAAGGAGCGUUGGGAUCGCCGCAAAGAACCAGCGUUUGACAAGUGGAUUAUAGAAGAAGCUAACUGGCUAACUCUGUACGAUGAUAUAAAGCCUAUUGUUGGGGAAGGAUUUGACGCUGUUAUCUGCUUAGGAAAUUCUUUCGCCCAUCUUAUGGAUAGUAGCGGAGAUCAACGCGAACAUAAGCUGGCCAUAAGAAACUUCGAAAAGUGUCUCAAACAUGGUGGCAUUCUAAUUAUUGAUCAUCGCAACUACGACAACAUUCUGGAGACGGGAGAGACGCCAGCCAAAAGUAUUUACUAUAAUACAAGUCAUACUGCUGACAUUAAAACUUCGGUGCUUUUCUACUGCGGAAAACCUGCCAUGGUUACAUUGGAUUACCACAUUGUGGGAAAUAAUUUGAGCAGCGAUUUUCGUCUAUCCUACCAUCCACAUCCCCUGCAAAAUUUUACAAAAAUAUUGAAAGAAAUUUUCGGAGAAAAAUCUAAGCACAAAUUAUACGGUGACUUCAAAGAAAUACAUAUGGAGAAGAGACCAGCAUUUUACAUACACCUUAUUGAGAAGCAGUAAAUAACUGGGAAUAACUACUAUAAUCUGCUGUUCACCUAUCUCUGCUGUUUACUUUUGUAUUUCGUAAAUAUUUUGAAGAAAAUAUUUUUUAGGUCUUGACCCAAUCGAUAGACGUAAGCCGGAGCAUUUCAGUUUCAUUUAAUUUUUGCAGUGCACAAUUAGCAAAUAAGUAAUUUUUUCAACUAAAAAAGUUAUGUAAAGAAGGCGAAAGAUUUGUUUAAGUGUAUAUGUGAGUAUGGUAUGAGAUAAUUUUAAGUAAAUGAAUUAUCAAAAAAAACAAAAAUGCAAAAAUUAAGUAGCAUUAAAAGCGAAAGUCUGUCAAAAUUGGGAUAUGUACUUAUGUACAUAAGUCAAUAUAAGUUUAAGUAUAUGAACAGAUUACUUUUAUAAUGAUUUGACCAACCAUGAAUAAAACUCACUCUCGUUAAAGAAGUAGUUGCUUAACACAA